AUGGAGAAGGAAGAACUGGAGAUGAAGAUGCGCAAGCAGAAGAUGAGAAUGAAGAACUGGAUGAAGAUGCGCAUGGAGAAUCUGCAGUUGGAGAAUCGAGCGUGGAUGAAGAUCGUGGAGGGCGGAGUCCGUCACCUGGAUGGUCGUUACCAGAUACCCCUGCCACUGAAAAGCGAGAUCAUCCUGCCGGACAACAAACAGCAAGCAGAGAGACGAGCAGAGCAGCUGAAAAGGAAAAUGCUCAAGAGCCAGAAGUAUCUCCAAGACUACAAAACAUUUGUCAACGAGUUAAUCGAGAAAAACUACGCAGAACGUGUCAAGAACGAGCAGAUCGACAUGUCAGAGGGACGUACCUGGUAUAUACCGCAUCAUGGUGUAUAUCAUCCGAUGAAACCUGAAAAGAUUCGUGUCGUCUACGAUUGCUCUGCAACUUACCAGGGCAUGUCGCUCAACAGUCGGCUGCUGCAAGGACCAAAUCUGACGAGUUCUCUCUUGGGCGUGUUGCUGAGGUUCCGAGAGGGACCGGUAGCAGUCAUGGCUGAUAUUGAAAAAAUGUUCUAUCAGGUGAGGGUUCCGGAGGAUGACAGAAGUUUGCUCAGAUUUUUAUGGUGGCCGAAUGGUGACACAGAACGGGAACUGGAAGUGUAUCAGAUGAAUGUGCACCUCUUCGGUGCGAUCAGUUCUCCGUCUUGUGCAAACUUCGCGCUACGGAGGACAGCGCAGGACUUCGGAGAUAAGUUUGAUGCUGACGUCAUAGACAGUAUUCAACGCUCGUUCUAUGUUGAUGAUUUCAUGAAGACAGGAUCUACGGCUGAUGAGGUGUUGAGGAUUGCAAGAGGAGUCAGAGACUGCUGUGCGUUGGGAGGAUUCCGACUGACCAGCUUCGUCAGUAACUGCCCUGACGUCAUGUUCUGUUUCCCGGAAUCUGAGCGCGUGACACACAAGAAGUUUGAUCUGACCGGCCACGAUCUUUCUGCGCAGACGCUAAGAGCUUUGGGUGUUCAGUGGGACGUAUCUGAAGAUACUCUUAGCUUCCGUGUUGAUGUCAGGAGGGGUCCGACAACCAGGAGAGGCAUUCUUUCUACAGCAAGUGCCGUUUAUGAUCCGCUAGGGUUCGGAGCUCCUUUCGUCAUGUCAGCCAAAAUCCUGUUGCAAGAUCUCUGCAGGCUGAAGUUGGGAUGGGACGACCCGGUUCCAGAUGCUCACCUGAGAAGAUGGGAUCAGUGGUGCAAAGAACUGAGCCUUCUGCGGGAGUUCAGCGUGCCAAGAAGUGUGACUGCACCAGACGCGGUGGUGAAUUGCCAACUUCACAUGUUUGCUGAUGCAAGCGAAGCUGGCUACGGUGCAGUAGGCUACACCAGGGUGACUGACAGCACAGGGACAGUUCGCACUUCGCUUCUGAUGAGCAAGGCCAGAGUAGCGCCGCUGAAGACUUCUUCAAUCCCUCGACUAGAGCUGGCCGCUGCGACGCUAGCUGUGCAGUUGAGCACACAGAUACUUACCGAACUUGACCUGAAAGUUGACGAAGUGCAUUUUUGGACGGACAGUGUGUCCACGCUUCGCUACAUCCACAAUACCACUUCUCGUUUCCAGACAUUUGUGUCCAACAGGCUUUCCGUCAUCCAUGAUGGUUCUGAGCCCGGUCAGUGGAAGUACGUGCCGUCUGCACUGAACCCGGCGGAUGCUCUCUCCCGUGGACAGUCGGCACGCGAGUUUCUUCAAUCGGUAUGGGCUACUGGCCCAGCGUUCCUCGGCGCAGAAGCAGCUGAAUGGCCUGACCAGAAGCAUGUGAUCCAACGCCAUGAAGAUGUUGAAGAUCUUGAGGUAAAGAGAGGCUUGGGGACUCUCUCGGUAGCAGCUGAGUGUGACAGUACUUCGAAGUUGUUGAACAGCGUAUCUGACUGGCACAAGCUCAAGAGGCACGUGGCGUGGUGGCUUCGGCUGAAGUGCAUGCUGCGGAAGCGGUUGAUGAACAGAGGUGACUGUGAUGCCGAGGUAGCGGGUCAGCUCUCGCGGGUCAGCUCUCGCUUGACCGUUCAAGAACUUGAUGAUGCAGAAGUGGCGAUUGUGCAGUACACUCAGAAGAAGGCCUUUCCAGAAGACUAGUUUGUGUUGAUUGAUAGCUGUAUUUCCAGAAGACUGAACUGGGGAUUGACUGCAAGCGGUUGGCGAUGAAGGCUCCAAUUGCGCUUAGCACGUUUGGUCUGUUGAACCUGGAAGGUUCAAGGGUGGGGGUGUAAGCGCGCCAUUUCCAUUUUGUCAUUUUAUGUUCCUUAUGUAGUCCACGUUUACCAUUCUGCUGAUUUCCUAUUUUCUUCCUUGGUUUCGCAGCCUUGGCACAUUGCUCGCUCGGUCCCUCUGACCUGUCGAGGUCACCGGCCGACCGUAGCCUGGGGCAGGGCCCAGGAAUGUAGCUGCGCCGUCGCGACCGCAGGGUCAGAAAAGUAGUAACUGGAAACUGUGAUAUUUGACUCGUUAAUGUGUAUGUUAUGCCCAAUAAUGUGCUCAGGAUUGUAAAAUGUAUUGUUUGAUGCGAGUAGGGAUCUCCUGGACAUUUAAGUUGCGAAUAUGAUAGCUGACGCGGAUGAACAUUUCUGAAUAUGGGCGGUGCCCGGCGCCCCGGCGCUGGUCGGGGGCGCGGCGCGGGUCAGUUGAGCCCCGUUGAGGCUGGUGGUAUGUGGUGGUGUCUGCGCCAGAGCCGGUGAGUCGCACAGGAAAAAUGACUGUUAACUCGUAAUAUUUAUGGAAUAUGUAACCGUAAUUAGGGCGAAUAUUUACUGUGUAUGAAACCAGUAUUGAAUGUUAUGUGAAUUGCCUGCAGAUAUUUAUUACCGGUCAUUUAUAUGUGGAUAAAUAAGGUGAAGGCUGACACUCGUCUCGGAUUUAUAGCCAUUUACCAAGACCGUGAGGCUGGUCGUCUAAUGUGCCUCUGGAGACGUGUGCCUCUGGUUUCGUUAGCCGAUAAGCGACUCAGGGAGCACAUUUGUCGGUACGUAACUAAAUGUCGCGGUAGCACAAUCAUGUAAUCAAGUGCUUUCGAUAUAAUUAUACUGUUUCGUAUAUGCAUAUUCAAGUGCAUGAAUGGACGCGUAGCAAUGUACCUGGUUGCCUUUAUCAAGUUAUUUAUUUAUGCGUGUGUUAUGUUCCCCUCGCCUGUCCCUUUUAUUUCCGUCACGUUUGUUUGCGCUCGUUUAUGUUUAUUUGUGCAAUGCUUAACUUAGGGCCGUUGUUUUACAGCAACGAUUGCGUGCGGAGGGCCACACGGUCCAAUACACCGAUCCGUGACG